AUGGACAACUCUGAGACAAUCAACUUCUCUGUCCUCGAAAGAGCGCUGUCAUCUGCACUUGAAGCAGACAUGAAAUAUCACAGAGAAAAUGAUGCUAAAUUCCGGGCCAUUCAUCAAAAUGUUGGCAGUUAUGAAGAGUUCAGGGACAUAGUGCUGGCGUCCCACCUGAGGCCACUGGAUAAAAAAGACCGAAUUGGCGCGCCUCGCAAACAGCCAUGGAACACGCUUGCCACAAACACAAAACAGCAGGAUGUAGCUAGCUCUGAAACAUUUCAGGCGUCCGUAUGUGAGUUUCGGCCAAAGACAGCGUCCGAGUUUAGUCGGGACUGGCGCAGGUUUGGAGGAUGUCCAGCGGAGAAGUACCGGCUCCUAGUCACUCUGGGCGGGGAGGUUCUGCGGGGUAUAUUUGGGGCUGAGGUGGGCUUUGGUCUGCUAGGGGACUUCGUCACGGUCCUUUCUCAGGGCAUUAAGUCUGGCGAUGAGAUGUCUGUGGUCAGUGUUCUAGAGGCGCUCUGUAAGACUCCACGUUUUGGCCUCAAUAUAUCCCUUUUGAGCUGUGAGGAGCAGGAGGGGUGUAAGGAAGUGUUUCGUAAGCUGUGGAAGGCAGUGAAGGGUUCUAUAGAGACUCUGGAUGGAACCUCAGUGGAAAACAGUGCAUGCAGAGGGAUUUGUGAUGCCAAUAAAAUCCAAAAUACAACCAACAUGGUACAUAACCCUUUAUUGGAAAAAGUCGAACAUUUAAUGAGGGUAUAUGGGAUUUCCAUUAGUUUAUGA